GUCUAACAAACGUCGAUAACUCGAUCCGGAUCCAAAGAAGCACAAACGUGAUUUGCCGGUCGUAAACCCCGGCGUGAAUUUUCCAAGAGUAAAAUUGGUUUGAGGAUCACUGCCUCAAGUCAGUUGGGUCAAGUCAAACAUCCUAGUGAUCAUCAUGGCAGCUAAGAAUACUACAGCCAUUUUGGCUCGGUUGCGGAAAGCAAUGAAAUCUCUGCCAGAGCCGGUCCAAGCUUACAUCAUUCCUUCUGGGGACGCACAUCAGAGUGAAUAUAUCGCUCCAUGUGACUGCAGGAGAAUGUAUGUUUCCGGAUUCACUGGAUCUUCAGGUACUGCUGUCGUCACGGAAACCAAAGCAGCUUUGUGGACAGACGGUCGCUACUUUUUACAGGCAGAGCGGCAAAUGGACUCCAACUGGACAUUGAUGAAAAUGGGUUUGACCUCCACCCCUUCUCAGGCCGAGUGGCUGGCUAAGGAACUACCAGUUGGAGGAAAGGUUGGGGUGGAUCCCUACCUGAUGUCGUUAGAUGCGUGGAAGCCGAUGUGUAAACACCUUAAGAGUACUGGCCAUAGCAUGGUACCCAUCACCCAGAACCUGGUGGACUUGGUGUGGGACGAUCAACCAGACCCACCUACUAACACCCUUCUUAUCCUCCAGGAUAGCUACACAGGAAGGAAAUGGGAAGACAAAGUUACGGCCAUCCGAGGGAAAAUGAAUCGGGAGAAAUGUGGAGCCUUAGUCGUAACAGCGCUGGACGAGGUGGCAUAUUUAUUUAAUCUGCGUGGGUCCGAUAUCGAGUACAAUCCUGUUUUCUUUUCCUAUGCCGUCCUCACACAAGACAGUGUUAAUCUGUUUAUAAGUGAGGAUAAGGUGGAUGGGGCUGUCAAACAGCAUCUACAGCUGAAUGGCUCGAGUGGUCCAAAGGACAUCAGGGUGACCGUUCACGACUACAAAGACAUUGGCAAGUUUGUGUCUAGUCUUCCAGACCGAGUGGAGGGUAAAAUAUGGAUCAGUUCGAAGUCCAGCUAUGCCCUGAGUAAUUCAAUACCAAAGGCCCUGAGAGUAAAUCUACCCUCACCCAUCGCCCAGAUGAAAGCUGUGAAAAAUCCUGUGGAACUCAAGGGAAUGAAGAGAGCACAUGUGAAGGAUGCUGUGACGUUAUGUGAAUUCUUUUCUUGGUUAGAGCGGGAGAUCCCCAAAGGUAACAUCACAGAGGUAUCGGCUGCUGAUAAACUGGAGGAAAUUAAACGGGGUCAGGAAGACUAUGUUAGUUUGAGCUUCACGACCAUCUCCAGUACAGGGGAACACGGAGCUGUUAUACACUACAAACCUACUGCAGAAACAGACAGGCAGCUGACAACAGAGGAAAUGUAUCUGUGUGACUCGGGGGCUCAGUACAAGGACGGAACUACAGAUGUGACCAGGACAAUUCACUUUGGUACGCCAUCAGAUUUCCAGAAGGAAUGCUUCACCAGAGUUUUGAAGGGACACAUAAACUUAUCAAAUGUUGUGUUUCCCAAUGGUGUCAAAGGACACAGUCUGGACACAUUGGCCAGAACAGCACUGUGGGAAUCCGGUUUGGAUUAUAUGCAUGGUACAGGGCACGGCGUAGGGGCCUUCCUUAAUGUACAUGAAG